AGUGUAAGAAUGUCCCAUUUGCUUAUAAACGUAAAAUCGCUAAUUGUGGUCAGGCUCACAUUUCCUAGACCUUAUUUGUAUGAAAUAGAAUCCUAAUGUCCUGUAUCUGUGAAUGAUAUCACUACAGCUUUAAUUUCUGCUGUAUGACUAGGAAGACAUUACUAUGAGUAAAUCAAGAGACAGCAGCCCCACAUUCUUCCUGGAGACAGAUGACCUGACACAGGAGCAAAGGGAAAAGGCCAAACAGAUGAAGAAAGGUGCCUCAAAGGACAAGAGGCCCAUGGAUUCUAAUUGCCUGGAUGAGACCGAUGAGCCUGCACACACAAUUAAAUUGAACCUACACUUUGACAGGGGAAUCAGAAAAGUAAAAGAGGAACCAGCUCAGCAGGACAGUGAGAGGUUUACCCUCAAGAGGCUGUUUGAUGCCGUGUCCAGUGGCGAUGUGUCUAAACUGCAGGGUUUACAUCAGUACCUGCACAAAAACAUGAAACGGCUCACCGACUCUCAAUAUAAGUCCAAUGGAAAGACAGCCCUGCUGAAAGCACUUUUAAAUUUGUGGGAAGGCGAGAAUGACACUAUUGAACAUCUGCUGGAAAUUGCAGAGAAAUUGGGAGAUUUAAAACAUUUUGUCAAUGCUGCUUACACAGACAGUGUCUACAAAGGUCAGACAGCACUACAUGUUGCAAUUGAACGGAGAAGUGCAAAAUUUGUACAGAUGCUGGUUAAAAAAGGGGCUGAUGUCCAUGCUAAAGCCUGUGGGAAAUUCUUUCAGCCCAAUCAAGAAACAUGCUUCUAUUUCGGUGAGCUGCCCUUGUCACUGGCCGCUUGCACUAAUCAGCCAGACAUUGUGGACUUCCUUAUGAACAACCCUUACCAGGCGGUGGAUGUCAGGGAGAAGGACUCUCAUGGAAACACAGUGCUUCACGCAUUAGUGUCCAUAGCUGAUGACAGUCCUGAAAACACAGAGUUUGUCAUCGCCAUGUAUGACCACAUCUUAAUCAAAGCCGACCAACUUCACCCCAAGAUCAAGCUGGAGGAUAUUGAAAAUAAUGAAGAAUUCACCCCACUCACACUAGCUGCCCAAAAAGGAAAACUGGGGCUGUUAAAGCACAUCGUGCAGCGGGAGUUUAAGGGGCGCCGACAUCUGUCACGGAAGAUCACGGAGUGGGCCUACGGUCCAGUGUGCUCGUCUCUGUAUGACCUCGCCUCUCUCGACACCUACGACAAGAACUCCGCGCUGGAGAUAAUCGUUUAUGGCAGUGAGAUUCCUAAUCGCCUCGAGAUGCUCCAUAUUGAGCCAUUUAACCGACUAAUUGAAGAGAAGUGGGAGAGAUUUGCAAAACGGAUGUUCUUGUUCAACUUUAUCGUUUAUGUUAUCUACCUUUUCAUCUUAACUGCAGUAGCUUAUCACCGCGAAGCAGGCAAGGACUUUAACAACAACAACCAAUCAUUAAAGCCUCCAUAUCCUUAUAGAAAAGGCAGCGAAGGCUAUCUGCUUCUGACAGGACACAUCAUAACUACCAUUGGAGCACUUUACUUCUUUUUUAGAGGGUUAAUAGAUAUGUUAAGGAAGCGUCCAAGAUUUCAGUCCCUGGUCAUAGAUGGAUACACCGAUCAACUUUUUUUUCUGCAGGCCGUGCUCUUCCUGGCUUGUGCUCUACUGUACUGCGUUGGUAAUGAUGAAUAUCUGGCCUGUCUAGUUUUGUGUCUUGCCUUGAGCUGGGUAAAUCUACUCUACUUCUCCAGAGGGUCCAAAAAUAUGGGAAUCUACAGUGUCAUGAUACAAAAGAUGGUUCUUGGAGAAAUCCGUCGAUUCCUUGUCGUGUACAUGGUCUUCCUCAUUGGGUUCUCUGCAGCUGUGGUAACUCUCCUUGAUGAUCGACCUAGUAAGGGACGGUCUUUUUUCCUUCCUAUUAAUGGAAAUGAAAACUGUAAAAAGCCCUCAUUCAAGAGCAUCUACUUCACCACUCUGGAGUUGUUUAAGUUUACAAUUGGCAUGGGAGAUCUGGAGUUCACCGAUCAAUAUCAAUAUAUAGAGGUCUUCUAUGUGCUGCUAAUUCUGUAUAUAGUGAUGACUUACAUUUUGAUGCUGAACAUGCUGAUCGCUCUGAUGAAUCAAAGAGUGGAGGAGAUGUCUGUAGAGAGCACCAGCAUCUGGAAACUACAGCGUGCAAUCACCACCUUGGACAUGGAGUGGAUUCUUCCCCGCUGCCUGAAGACAAGGCUGCGCUCCGGGAAACAAAAGGACCUAGGCGGGGGGCAGGAGCCUGAUCGACGCUGGUGCUUUAGUGUGGAGGAAGUCAACUGGAAUCAAUGGAACAGAAACCUGGGUGUAAUUACCGAGGACCCUGGGAAAUCGACCAGACAAAACCAAUAA